CAUUCCCUUUCGGCACACAAGGACAUUUUUGUCUCUACUGAGUAAUUCAAGCUUGUGAAAAUGGAGUCUUUGGCUGCUGCAAACACACAAUUCUCCCUCAACCUGUUUAAGAAGAUCAGUGGAGGAAACGCAUCAGGAAAUGUCUUCUACUCUCCUCUCAGCAUCUCCUCCGCUCUGGCCAUGGUGGCGCUUGGAACAGCAGGAAAUACACAAGCUCAAAUCUUAAAGGUCCUGGGCAUUCUCAAUCCUGUCAAACCUGGCACCACGACUCCAGCUCCUGGACCAUCAAUGCAACAACAGGCCCAGAAACCUCAGUUACCUGCCGGCAUCAAGAUGCAGGGUUGCGUCCCAAUGAAACCUCCAAUUCAACCUCAGCCGUCACCUGAACACAAAACUGAGGAUAACCCUCAUUCAGCCUUUAACAAACUCAUGAGUGAGCUGAACAAACCGGGAGUCCCGUACAAGUUGAGCCUUGUUAAUCGCCUCUAUGGAGAGCAGUCUUACCAGUUUGUUGAAAAAUUCCUUAGUGACACAAAAAAAUACUACCAGGCUGGACUGGAGAAGGUGGACUUUAAAAAUAAUGCAUCGGCUGCACGUGUCAACGUCAACAACUGGGUGGAGAAAAACACACAAGGGAAGAUCAAGAACUUGCUACCAGACGGGUCCGUCGACGGAAGGACCAAAAUGGUUUUGGUGAAUGCCAUCUACUUCAAAGGCAACUGGAUGCUACAAUUCAAAAAGGACUCCACUAAGGAGCUGCCGUUUAAACUGACCAAGGCUCUGACAAAGCCAGCCCAGAUGAUGCAUCAGACGGACCGGUUUCCUUUGGCCAUCAUCCCAGAGGUCAACUGUCAGGUCCUGGAGCUCCCAUAUGUUGGGAAGAGUCUAAGUAUGCUGAUCAUCCUUCCAAAUCAGAUAGAAGAUAACACCACUGGCCUUCAAAAGUUGGAGGGAGCAAUAACCUACGAGAAGCUCAUGGACUGGACCAAACCUGAACGGAUGGACGAACAGAAGGUUCAGAUCGCUCUUCCCAAAUUCAAGAUGGAGGAGACCUAUGACAUGAAGACUCUUCUGGUCAGCAUGGGGAUGGUGGAUGCAUUUGACGCGCAGAAGGCAAACUUUUCAGGCAUGUCUCCCAACAACGAUCUGGUGCUGACAAAGGUGAUUCAUAAAUCCUUUGUUGAAGUGAACGAGGAAGGCACAGAAGCAGCUGCAGCCACUGCCGCCAUUGUGGCGACGCGCAGUUUAGUAGAGCCACCGCCGACCUUUAUUGCAGAUCACCCCUUCCUGUUCUUCAUCCGACACAAUCCCACCAAGAGCAUUCUCUUCUACGGACGCUUCUGCUCUCCUUGAGAUCCUUCAACCCUUGAGAUCCUACUAGCAUGUUUAGUUGCUGAUGGUUGUCCUUCGGAUUGAGUUACGGUAGAAAGAUCAUUCUAGAUUAUAGGUUACUAUUAGGGAAUGCAUACUGCAUCUCUGGUGUUUUCUCUACUAAAUAAACUUGUAUUAAAUGAAUCCGGAGCAAAAUUGUCUGUUUGUAUUUACUGUAAACAUAAUAAAAACAUUUAUAAGUC